AUGUCGAAAAUCUUCUCUUCAUGGGCGUCCCGGGACUCGCCCGUGGCCAAGACCUCAAGCCUGGACUACGACCAGGAUAAAGUUGGCCCUAACGAGAGCAGCGAUAUCGGCCGCAUCGAACAUGCACGCGAGGCGAAGCGCCAGAUCGGGAUCCCGUCGGCCAUUAUGCUAAUUGUGAACCGCGUCAUCGGCACCGGCAUCUUUGCGACACCGGGCACGAUACUAUCGCUGUCGGGUAGCGUGGGCCUCUCGCUCUUCAUCUGGGUGGCUGGCAUGUUGAUCGCAAUGGCGGGCACGGCCGUAUAUCUCGAAUUCGGCACGGCGAUCCCAAAGAACGGCGGAGAGAAAAACUACCUUGAAUACGUGUACCGACGACCCAAAUUUCUGACGACUGGCAUGUACACCGGCUACGUCGUGCUGCUGGGCUGGGCCAGCGGCAACUCGGUCGUCUUCGGCGAGUACAUUCUCAACGCAGCCCAGGUCGAGGUCACACGCUGGAACCAGCGCGGUAUUGGCCUGGCCUGCAUCACCAGCGCGUUCCUGAUUCACGGACUGGCGCUCAAGUGGGGGCUGCGACUGCAAAACCUGCUGGGCAGCAUCAAGCUGGUCGUCAUCGUGAUCAUUGUCAUUGGCGGCUGGAUCGCGCUUGCCGGUCACGUGAAAGUGCCCGAGGACGAAAAGCCACACAACUUCCGCCACGCCUUCGAAGGCACCACCGGCAGUGCCUACGGCGUCGUCACUGCGCUCUACAACGUCAUCUGGAGCUACAUCGGCUAUAGCAACGCUAAUUACGCCCUUAGCGAGACCAAGGACCCUGUGCGCACGCUGCGCAUCGCUGCCCCUCUGGCCAUAUGCGUUAUUUCUGUGCUAUACAUGUUUGUCAAUAUCGCCUAUUUUGCCGCGGUGCCCAAGAAAGACAUCAUCUCAUCCGGCCAGCUUGUCGCUGCUUCCAUGUUCCGCAACGUCUUUGGAGGCACCGCUGAGCGAGCCUUGUCCGUCUUCGUCGCUCUGUCCGCUUUUGGAAACGUCCUUGCUGUCAUCUUCUCCCAAGGCCGUCUGGUGCAGGAACUUGGCCGAGAAGGGGUUCUACCCUUUUCGCGCUUCUGGACUAGCAACCGCCCGUUCAAUGCGCCCCUGGCCGGCCUUUUUGAGCACUGGGCUGUGUCAGUCAUCAUCAUGCUGGCACCCCCUCCUGGCGAUGCCUACAACUUUAUUCUCAAUCUUAUCUCGUACCCACUAGCCAUCGUUAAUUCGUUUGUCGCUGCCGGUUUGUUGUAUCUGUACAUCAACCGCACGGCUUGGAACUGGAACCCGCCGAUCAGUGCCACUUGGCCGGUCGUCUUGUUCUUCCUCCUUAGUAACAUAUACCUUGUUGUCGCUCCCUUCGUGCCACCCACCGACGGGCAAAGUGUGUAUGUGCACCUGCCAUAUUGGAUUCACUGUGUUGUUGGCUUCGGACUCAUCUUUGCCGGUGGAGUCUACUGGGUCAUUUGGGCCAAGAUUCUUCCCAAGAUUGGCAGAUACGAGCUGGUGCGGGAGGUUCAGGUUGAUGAAAUUGACGGAUGGGAGAGAAACGUGUUUCUUCGAAGAUCGUUGCAUUAG